CUCCUCCUCCUCCUCCUCUCCUGUGCCUCGUCUGACCCGAGGAAACAGCGCCCCCGAGAGAAGUGACUGGGUCGGGCCUGCUGCUGCGUUGCCAUGGAAAACAAGCAGGAAGCGUCGGCCGUCUGGAGUCAGACCGUCAACAAUGACUCGAGCAACCCCACUCAGGUGCAUUUCGAGGGCGGAGCCGUGGCCCAGAUCGUGUACGGCGGGGAGCGGGCGGACCGGGCGGAGCAGCAGGUGGUCUACACGGCGGACGGGAGCUCCUACACCUCCGUGGAGUCUGCGGAGCACACGCUGGUCUACAUCCACCCUGCGGACGGCGCUCAGACCGUGUUCGCCGACCAGCCGCAGGUGGCCUACAUCCAGCAGGACGGCACCACUCAACAGGUGACGGUGCUGCUGCCCGGAGGUCAGAACAUGAACGCCGCCAACCUGCACGUUCUCAGUAACGUGGCGGACGCUCCACCGGCCAUGCUGGAGCCGGACUCUCAGGAGCCGCUGUCCGCCUCCAACUCCCUGGCAGACAUGGCGGACAUCACGGACCCCCCCACCAGCCCGCUCGGCGCCACGGACUCCACCGAUGACUCCGACGAGGUGGAGGACGAAGACUCAGACCUAGACGACUGGGACCUGCUGCAGCCUCCGGCGUUCGACCCUCACAGCCUCUGGUGCGAGGAGUGCAACUGUGCCAACCCCUCAGAGUGCCCCCUCCACGGUCCCCUGCAUCCCGUCCCCAACCGGCCCGUCCUGUCCAAGGCCCGGGCCAGCCUGCCUCAGAUCCUCUACAUCGACCGCUUCCUGGGCGGGGUGUUCUGCAAGAGGCGCAUCCCGAAGCGCACGCAGUUCGGUCCGGUGGAGGCGCCGCUGGUGCCGCAGAGCGAGCUGCAGGAGCACUUCUUCCACCUGAAGCUGUGCCUGCUGGACACGGAGAAGGACGAAGACAAGUCGAGCGACAUGUGGCUGGACCUUUCAGACGAGGAGAGCUGCAACUGGAUGAUGUUCGUCAGACCGGCCCAGAAUCACCUGGAGCAGAACCUGGUGGCCUACCAGUACGGCUCUGACAUCUUCUACACCUGCAUCAAACACAUCCAGCCCAAACAGGAGCUGAAGGUGUGGUACGCAGCGUCGUACGCAGAGUUCGUGAAUCAGAAGAUCCACGACGUUACAGAGGAAGAGAGGAAAGUCCUCCAGGAGCAGGAGUGGAACUGGCCCUGUUACGAGUGCAACCGCCGCUUCGUGAGCUCCGAGCAGCUGCAGCUGCACCUCAACAUGCACGACGAGAAGCUGAACUCCGUGACCAGGUCCAAAGGUCGCGGCAGAGGAAGAGGCAGGAAGAGGUUCGGGACGGGAAGAAGACCGGGACGCCCGCCCAAGUUUAUACGCCUGGAUCCACCUGUCGACGCCAACGGAGACAAAACAACUCAGGAAAUGUUGGGAUUGACAGAGAAGCCCCUGGAGGAGCGGACGGACGGAGAGGAGAACGGAGUGAACGACGGCGAGCUGGAGCCGGAGGAGGACCCCGCCGCCGAACCCGAGGCAGAGCUCGUCUCGCCCGCAGAGCAGCAGCUCCUGGAGUCCACGACGCUGCCCUCCAACCCGGACCUCCCCGAGCCUCUGAAGGAGGACCCGGCCCAGAACAGCCAGUGGACCCUGACGUCGCAGGACGUUCAGCGCGCUAAGAAAAUACGACUUCCCUCACAGAUGGAUGUGCAGAACGUGGCGCUGCAGCACCUCUUCAUCAGGAAGAGCUUCCGUCCGUUCAAGUGCACCCUGUGCGGGAAGGCCUUCCGGGACAAGGACAAGCUGGAGCAGCACCUGCGGGUCCACGGGCGCGACGCCUACACCUUCUCCUGCCACAUCUGCAGCAAGAGCUUCCUGAGCAACUCGGCCCUGGAGGACCACCUGGUGGAGCACACGGAGAACCGGUCCUACUCCUGCCUCCUGUGUCCCGAGUCCUUCGAGAGGCUGGAGCUGCUGAAGGAUCACGCAGAGGUCCACUCGAUCAACGGCUACUUCCACUGUCCCUCCUGCAAGAGGAAGUUCAUCAACUUCUUCCAGGUAAAGAAGCACAUCCGCUGCUUCCAUUCAGAGAAGAUCUUCCAGUGUUCGAACUGCGAGAAGGCCUUCUGCCGCCCAGACAAGCUGCGCCUGCACAUGCUGCGCCACUCUGACCGCAAGGACUUCCUGUGCUCCACGUGUGGCAAACAGUUCAAGAGGAAAGAUAAGCUGCGGGAGCACAUGCAGCGCAUGCACAAUCCAGACCGGGAGGCCAAGAAGUCGGACCGGACGCACCGCUCCAAGGCCCACAAAACAAAGACCCCCACCUCCGACUUCGAGAGCUUCGCCUUCAAAUGUCGGCCGUGCAUGAUGGGCUUCAGACGCAGAGGGAUGCUGGUGAAUCAUUUGUCCAAACGUCAUCCUGAGAUGCGUAUCGACGACGUUCCAGAGCUGACUCUUCCCAUCAUCAAACCGAACCGGGACUACUUCUGUCAGUACUGCGAUAAGGUGUAUAAAAGCGCCAGUAAAAGAAAAGCUCACAUCCUGAAGAACCACCCCGGAGCAGAGUUGCCCCCCAGCAUCCGGAAGCUGCGUCCCGCUGCUCCCGGAGAGCCGGACCCCAUGCUGAGCACGCACACCCAGCUGACCGGCACCAUCGCCACGGCGCCGGUCUGCUGCCCGCACUGCGCCAAACAGUACAGCAGCAAGACGAAGAUGGUGCAGCACAUCAGGAAGAAGCACCCAGAGUUCGCUCAGCUCGCCAACACCGUCCAGACGCCGCUGACCGCCGCCGUCAUCAGCUCUGCUCCUGCCGUCAUCGGCGCGGACGGCGCCACGGCCGAGGCUGUGGUGACCACGGACCUGCUGACCCAGGCCAUGACAGAACUCUCUCAGACCCUGACCACAGACUACAGGACCACGCAGGGGGACUACCAGAGGAUCCAGUACAUCCCCGUGUCCCAGGCUGGGGGAGGCCUGUCCCAGCCGCAGCACAUCCAGCUGCAGGUGGUCCAGGUCACUCCGGCCUCCUCCCAGCAUCCCCAGCCUCCGACGGUGGAUGUGAGUCAGCUGCACGACCCUCACGGCUACAGCCAGCACUCCAUCCAGGUCCAACACAUCCAGGUGUCUGAGCCCUCAGGUUCUGCUCAGGCUGCCACACAGGGUACCAGUCAGCCUCUGAGCCCCACCUCCCAGCAGCCCAGCCAGGACCUGAGCCCGGCCCAGCUGACCCCCGUCACUUUAGCCCAGAGCCACGCCCUGCAGGCGAACAGCGGCCAGCAGCCGGGGGCCGUGCAGCACGCCUACAUACCUGGGAACUGGAACUACCGGGGCUACCCUUCUGAGAUCCAGAUGAUGGCUCUACCUCACGCCCAGUACGUCAUCGCCGAGGCCAGCACUCCUGUGUCCGGAGUCAACAGCAACCAGGUCAAAACGACGCACUACGUUAUCUCCGAGGGUCAGACCGAUCUGGAGGCCAAGCAGACGACCCCUCAGACCACAGCCCAGAACCAGAACGACCAUCUGGACCAACAACCCACCAGUCAGUCGGCCACCACGCAGUACAUCAUCACCGCCACCACCAACAGCAGUGGCACCAGCGAGGUCCACAUCACCAAGCCCUGAACUGGCCCCUCCUCCUCCUCCUCCAGGGGGCGGGGUUUGUACAAAUGAAGAAAACGGUCCACUCGACUGGAUCGUACCGAAUGGUUCCGGCACAGUUUUAUGUGUUUGAGAGAAUGGAAUGAACCGCCAGACCUUUGUCUGGAAAAUAAAACAAAUGGACAGAAUGAA